AUCACGGGAAGAGAUCAUAGGGCUUCCAAAGUCGUAAAUCAAAUCCCACUUUUGAUUUGUUUUUCUUCCUUYGCUUCUGUCCUUUUAUUCUAAGACAGUUGUCCAUCAUGCUUGGAGAAAACAGGGGAAUAGCUUAAAGAUAUGUCUACAAGCAUUUGGCAAAAAAGAGAGGGCAAUGAUGUCAAGAUCGCCAGUUUUGAGGACAAGCGGUAGCCUUGCUGUUCCAAGGAGAGAAGGUAUUUCUGGAAGUUCUGGUUCUUUGUCAGACGGAAGACCAAAAUCUCCAGCAUUCAAGAGUUCACCUUCUCCUAAACGUAAACCAGGUCAUUGGUUUAGAAGAAAAGAUGGAACAAAAAGUGAUAGCGAGAUGCAGGACAGUGACGGUCAUGAUUCAGAAACCAAGAAACAUUUUAAAAAGGUGUUGGCACAGAUAAAGGAGGGUCCAUCAAUGGCUGCAAGUAGAAAGAGAAGUAAAACUGCUGAAGUACUUCCCAGCAGCUCAUCUAGUGGGGGAACUGAGACAUCUCCAACCUUACACAGUCAUUUAUCAUCCAGCGGAGGCUCAACUGAGCUAGGGAGGGGACGGAGUAACACAGCAUUGUCCAUUACAGAUGAAGAAAAUAUUGAUCUUGAUUCUGUAAGUAAUAACUUAAGUAAAAUGAAUUUCUUUUCUUGGUAUUUCUUAGAAUCUGUAAAGGAAUAUUUGGAAUCUACAGAAGGAACGCAGAAUCAAGCAAAAGUAAAGAUCAAUUUUGAGAAGAAAAAUCAAAAGACAAAUACUACAAUAGCGCAGCUUCAAAGAAAGCUACAGAAAUACCAUAAGGCUCUUGUGGAUUUAGAGGAGAAUGGAACGGUGUCAUCUAAGGUCAUGGCCAAGGAAGUUCUUAAGUAUGUACAGCCAAUAAUAAUAAGUUAUGUGUCGAACUCGACAAACAAUGGCAUUCAGUCUGUGCCAACKAUACUUGUUGUUGAUCAUUCCAACAUGAAAAAAGGUGGCUUAAGAAAGUCUAGUAGUUUGUCAAGCCAAAAGGUUUCAAAUAGCAAAGGAAAGCUUCAGAAGCACUCUUCCUGCUUGUGGCCACAAGGUGUUAAAGAUGGCGUCAAGGGGGCUGUAUCUAAACCACUAGAAAUUGCCAAUCUCAUCAAGAACAAGUUCGGAAGCUCGGAAAACGUCUCGUCUUCUCCUGGGCCAGGCUCAAGUAGGUUCUCACUUGUAUUGUCCUUCUUGUUUGUCUUCCCUGUCGCUCUUAUAUUCUCUAAUUUAUACAUCAGUCAUUUGAACUCCGUCCUCCGGGCCCAAUCCCCGGGUACGGCUAUAGUCCAUGCUUUUUUUCCCACUGCUCUUCUCCCAUCCAUUCAAAUUUGCACUGAUUUCUUUCAUUCUUUCAGUCCUCAUUAUAUUAGCGAUGAUGACUCUUCAAGUGCUGCGUCUAAUGCGCCCACAAGUCUACCGCCACAACAAACAAGCCCUCGACACAGUCUUCCUCCAAGCCCUCCCGUGACAUCAUACGAUCAAGAAAUUACCGAACUUAGACAAACUCAGUCACGGCUAUUAAUGCAUAUAGAUUCCUUAAAGGAGCAAAUGGAUUUAUUAGCGCAGUCGUUACAGGAAGAAAGAUAUAAAUCUGAGCAUCUUCAAUGUCAAUUAAACGAUUUAACGUCCCAGUGGAAUGACAUGACUGAACUUCACCAAAAUGAGAUGAUGAGUCUAAAGAUCGAGCUAGAACGGUCCGAGGAACGAAUGGAAUGUGUAGAAUACAGACUGUCUGAAAGAGCUGGCGAAAUCGAAGAGGCUUUAGAUUCCUACGUUACACGGAUCAGUAAAGUYGAGACCGUUCAACAACAGAAUCAACARAUGGUUGGUGCKYUUGACGAGUACCUUGAGCAAAGUGUUCAAGCCAAAGCUCUYCUAUCCAAAUUCCUUAGUGUCGUUCUAGCUGUACUUGCUCUUAUUCUUAUUAUUUUUACUUCCAUUGGACGUUUGAUUAUACCAUUCGCAAGAACAAGACAAAGACUAAUGAUUACUAGUACGCUAGUAGUUUUACUUGUAUUAGUUUGGAAAUAUCAAGAUAGCGAAUUCAUUCUCGCUAUUUCUGAUCUCCUGGAGCAGAACACCGAAAGAGCAAGACAUCGCAUCAACUCUCUCACUUCACCAAUUCGAAGUAUUUUCUUCAAAGAACAUAAAACAUGAAAUAAUAAUUAAUUAUAUGAAUUAAUUAAGGGGUAAUUUUAUUUAUUACAAAAUCAAUGAAUGUAUAUAUGGAGGUUUUAAUUUAUUCAAAGCUUGAUAUCUGUGAUAUGAGUUUGCAUGAGAUUUAAUUAGAAUUAAACAAUUUUGAACAACUU